ACGCCGCUCUCAGCAUUCCCAAGGGUCCAUUUUGCCAGCCUGUCGUUCGCAAGAAUCAGGGAAAGUCAGCACAGCAGGAAUCCCAAGGGCACGGCUCAGGAAGAUUUCAGUCAGUCAGGAGGAGGGCUCCUAUGUGAUGCAAUGCUGUAGGACGGCCCUGCCACUUCUCUUUCUCAUUGCUGCUGCUUCUGAGUCUUGGCCAUUCUUCACAUUAGCUGGGAGCUUCUGACGACCCGCUAGCUACCCGAGCUUUUCGCCAGAUUCCGAAAGUCCAUGUCGGGAAUGCUUGCUGAACUCGAGAGCAAAGAACCGACUUUCCAAGCUAAGCUACUGCCUAUGUUCGCCCAUUAGCGUCGGUCGAUGCCUUUUUUAGGUUUGGCGCGCUUGUCGGUACCUAGCUGAUACGAGAAAGACCAUGGAUUCGGGGGGAAGACUACGGAAUGUCCCUGAUGAUAGAGAUUGCGUCAGGCCUCCUGCUGACUCAUCUCUCCCCGUUACUGCACCCAAUGGUGCCGGAAGACCGGACCUACAUUCCACGACCGUACCGAACCUACAUUCCACGACCGUGCCGAACCUACAUUCCACGACCGGACCGGGCUUAUGCGACCGCAAAACAGAGUCGAGACGACAUCAUACGUCACCAAUGAAGCAGCAGCAACAGCAGCAGCAGCAGCAGCAGCAGCAGCACGAGGAGGAGGAGGACGACGAACUCAUUCCCCUUGAAGACUUUGAAAGUUUACCCUUGAAACGCGGAAAUGCAAUCGCCGAUUCCACCCACUCAACCCACAUCUUCGCUCGCCUGCACAAGCUUUUCACAACUGAUGGCUCCGAGGUCCCUAGCUGGCCCAUUCGAUCUCUGGGAAACAUUUCCUCUUCAAAUACACUUCGCUCGCCCACUGCCCUCCUCCUCCUCUUCCUCGCCUUCCUCCUCGUCCUCCUCUACACUCUCUUUCUGAAACCCAUCUCGCCCUUCUCCGAGUCGUACACUCUAGAUGCACCCGUCUGGUCCGCCAAUGAGCAGCUGCCAGGUCAGCUCAGCAGUGAUUCCCUGCAGGUGCACGCGUCAGGCUCGGCUUCCAAUGCCGGCCCACAUCACAAUGCACUAGGCCCCGAGCCUCACGCCGACCCUGAUUCCGACCCUGACUCCGACCCUGGCCAUCGUGGUGCGGAUGCAACUGUAGCAGUCGAGGAGGUGAAGGGGGCUCUGAGUGCGAGGGGCACGUGGCAUGGCAAGCUGGUGUGGACGCCACAGCCGGACCGAUUCCUUCUAGCGGUCUGCGUGCGAGGACAGGUCAACAACCGCAUCGGCUGCCUCUACCGCCACCUCAUCCUCGCAGCCCUGCUCAACCGCACCCUUGUGGUGCCCCCCGUGCUGCUGUCCACGUCCCUCUCCUACUGCAAGCACGGCGUCUCCGGAUCGCCCUGCCCCUCCUACCCGCUCCCUCUCAUCUGGGACCUGGAGCACACCCGCAGGUGCCUGGGCGAAGACACUGUGAUCCGAACUGAUGAGUUUGCCGCCCGGUUUGGGCGCCCGCUGGAGGUGCAGCACAUGCGGUGCUGGCACGCGCAUGGGAAGGUGUGUCCGGUGAGCAACCAAGGGCUGCAGAGGAACUGCCUGGUGAAUGACACCGCGCAGGGGGGAGGGACCAGGAGGAGGCUGGGGGGGCUGUUUGGGCUUGCCAAGGUUUCUCGAUCGGCUGCUGCUGCUGUUCAAGGGUGGUUCGGAGGGGCUGCAGGGAAGUGGGUGAGCAAGAGGCGACAGCUGCAGAUGCAGCAACAGCAGCAGCAGCAAUCGUCCUCGAAUCCCUCCCAACCCUCCAGCAACCUCUCCCUGCCUCUCUACACAGUCGAGUCCUUCGCCGCCUCGCCCGUCGCAACAUCUGCCGCCCACCUGCACCUGCUACCCCACCAGGUCUCCCCAGAUAUCCACAUCAGCCCUACAGCCACAGCAUCAGCCGUGUGCUUCCCCCGCUUCGUGCACGUGAGGGAUAUCCUCCGCGCCUACGCCCCUCUCUCCUCCUCUGUGCCUGUCCUCGCUGUAGGGGACCUCGUUUUCACCGCCUUUCUCGGACUCUCUGACAGGUACGACCUGUUCAAGGAGCACGUGUUCCGGUACAAGCGGCGGGUGGAGCUGGGUCAGGCUGCCAAGGCACAGGAAGAGGGCACCAAGGCACAAGCUCACAACACCACCACAGCAACGACUGAUCAUGCUGGCAUGCUGACGAGCAGCAGCAGCCAGGUGGUUGUGGAGUCUGACUUCAUUGGGCCGGCAGGGGGGCGGUGGUUCGGGAGUGCUGGGAGGGGGGGGCUCAGGGAGUGGAGGAGCGUGUUUCACUACCUGCCAGGAUGCCCGGCCCCCGUGCCCAUCCUCCCCUCGCGGGCUGUUAUUGAGGACGGAAGGCGGCUCGCACGAGCCCUGUUUGAUGAGAAAGCGGGAUGCAGCAGGAGCAAUGAUGGUGGCAGCGCCAGUGCUGGGGCUAGCGCAGGCGGUGGUAGUAGUUCUCCAAGCACUACAAUAGUAGCAGCAGGGCAGAUAGGAGGAGAGCUGUCAGCAGGAUCACUAGCAUUAGGCGCUGCAGCAGAGGGAGGGGGAGGGGGGUACAUGGCGGUGCACUGGCGGAGGAGCGACUUCAAGGACUACUGCGUGUGGUCGGGCCCGCCUGGGUUCUGCUUCUACUCUGCAGAACAGGCUGGCAAGUGUGCUGCUGACGUGGCGCAACGCAACGGGCUGAGAAAUAUUUAUGUUGCCUCAGAUGCCAGUGUGGAGCAGUUUGAAGUGUUUCAAAAGGCUGCAGGCUCCGCUUUCAAAGUCAUUCGCUACCCCGAAAACCCAUCAGCCUACCUCCCCACCUUCACCUCAGACCCACUCAUCUCCGCCCUCCCCGCCUCCACCGACCGUGAGGAAGCGUCCCUCCUCCGGCACAUGCUCCUGGACAAGCUCGUCUGUGUACACGCUACAGUGUUCCUCGCUACCAUGUCCUCCACUCUUUCCAAUGACGUGGCUAGAAUGCGCGAGGGAUUUGGCGUGCCGGCAGCCUUGGCAGUCGUUAAUCCCAGUGCUGGCAACGCAAGUGAAAUGGCUGCAGAUGGAGAUGCCUUGGGGAGGAUCGGUCUGGAGUUUGUGGUGAGCCCGGGGGUAGAGGAAGGGAGAGACGGGGGGCUGUGUGAAGGUGAGAAGGUGUGGGAGCCAUUGGACGGGCUGUCUGGAUGGAUGAGGGACUUGAAAGCCAAGAGAAUGCAGGAGCAUGUUACAGGGGAGUGGCGGAGAUGAUUCAGGCGCAUGUUUUGUGUGCUGCCAGAUGCGAUAGUUAGUCCUAGGAUGGUAGAAUGGUUUGCUAUUGGCACUAGGCGUCUCUGUUGAGUGAUGCUGCCAGCAGGGAGGCACAUCAAGGUGGGUGUUCCAUGUCAUGUGACCCAUGAUUCAGCUACAGCAGGCAAAUUUCUUGGCCCUUGCUAUGAGUGAGGACGCCA